AUGAAGCAGCAGCCAUCGCUUCUUCUGGGUUCUUGCAAAGCUGAGUUAGAAUCACCAUCUGCAGCGAAAAGCCCUUCACGAACGGUAUGUGAGUGCAAUAUUUGCGGCAAGGUUUUCAGCAGCGGUAAGGCUUUGGGGGGUCACAGAAGAUCGCACUUUCAGAAGCACCAGAAGAAGAUAAAAGUCCGUUUCACUAAUCACUCAUCAAAACAAGCUGGUGAUACCAGCAACAAUAUUAAGAGGGCUAGGAAUUGUGAUUAUGAUACUGUUGAUGAUGGAAAACGCGUUUGUUGCAUUUGCAAGAAGGAAUUCCCCACAAAGAAUGCUUUGUUUGGUCACAUGCGAUCUCACCCUGAGAGGUCAUGGAGGGGUGUGUCUCCUCCCACUCAUUUUCCCAAUAAGAACUCUUCGUCUUCUUCUUCUCUCUCUUCUUCUUUCUCUUUUUCUUCCCAUAAUUCUGAUUCUAUGGAGAAAAACAUGGAAGAGGAUCGUGAUGAUUAUGAUGAAUGUGUUGGUGUUGGAGCUGUUUGUGAUGGUGGGGGUAAUAGGGCUAUUGAUCUUUCAACUUUUACUUGCCCCAGUUGGCUUAAGACUGAUGUGAGAGGAAGAAAGUGUAUUGGGGCUUAUGAGGCUGCUGAAACCCUUGCUUACUUAAGUGUUUACUCUAAGUACUUUUGUGGUGAGUCUAAUGGGGUUUCUCCGAAGAAAGAUGAAGUGCGGCCGAAGAGUGCUCCACCUCUAAUCAAGCUUGGCAAAAGGAAGAUUAAUUUUAGUGGAUCGUCUUCAAGUAAGAAGCAUGAGGUGAAAAAGAUAAAAUUUUAUCUGAAGGGUGAAUUGAAAAUCGGAAAGAGAAAUGACGCGGAUGGUGAAGAUGAUGAUGAUGAGGAUGAGAAGUUGAAUAGGUGCAAGGGUUUAUCUGAAUCUGAGGUGGAAGAUGAGGAGGGUUUCGACAAUGUGAUCACUGAGGUGGUUGCUCCCGAUAGGAUGCAAGAUGACGUUGAUGAAAGGAAGGGGAAGAGGGUGGUGGAUCAUAAAGGGAAGAACAUUAAGAAACUGGUGCUGAAAUCUAUGGCAAAAGAGAAAGAGAAUGAGAAAGUUGGUGGCUACAAAUGUGGUGUUUGUGGGAAGAUUUUCUCAACUUUUCAAGGCUUAGGAAGACACAUAUCAGUCCACAAGGGGAAGAACAACAACGCUGUAAUAAUCAUGGACGAGUCCAACCACAGCCAUUCCAAAGCUCUUGGUGAUAAAGAAAACAACUCUUCUAGCUCUAGUAACACGCACAAGGUAGACGAGGCUUCAAUGAAUGAAGCACCAUUGCCUACUACAAUGAAUGAUGCACCAUUGCCAGCAGAUGAGAGAAAAGUGAAUGACGAAACAUCCGAAACGCCACCAUUACUACCAUUGCCGGCACACGAGGCAUGUCAAUCUUCUUCAGGUGUUAAGAAAUUGGACUUUGAUCUGAAUGAAUUGCCUUGUGCUAUGGAGGAUUAA